CUCCCAGGACUCUCGGAACCAGGCUCCAGGGCACAGGGGCGCACGGCGCCGAGCCUCCCCGCCCGCCACCCCGACACAGCUCGAGGAUCCCGCACGAACGCGGCGCGGAGCCGGCUGGGGUCGCGCAACUCUCGCGGGAGGCGGCGGACCGUCUCUGACGCCACAGGCGACGGACAGGAAGUUCCGGAGAGCCGCAGCACGCAGACGCGACGCGCCAGCCUCGGCCCGUGCGCCGUCAGUGCGCAGGCGCGCCGGCAGCUGGCUUUCUGGUUUUCCUGCUCCCUCAAGACGACAGGCGUCGGGUCCUAUGUCGCGCCGGGCCCUCCGGAGGUUGAGGGGGGAACAGCGUGGCCAGGAGCCCCUCGGGCCCGGCGCCCUGCAGUUUGUCUUCCGUGAUGACGAUGACGCGGAAGAAGGACCAAAGCGGGGCCCCGGGGUCCGGCUCCCCGGAGGCACGGGGAAGGACGGCGUCCGAGUCAACAACCGGUUCGAGCUGAUAAACAUCGAGGACCUUGAGGAUGACACAGUGGUGAAUGGGGACAGGUCUGACUGUACUCUCGCACGCAUUGUGACCUCGGGAAACAAAGCAAGGGCCCCACGUGGAGGUCCAGAGACCAAGCGAGAUGGGGAUGUGGCCAAGGGCGUGUCCCCAGAGCAGUCUAAUGUAAGUGGCAAGCUCCGAAAGAAGAAAAAGAAGCAAAGAAACAAGAAAAGCAGCACAGCAGAGACCUUGGAGAAUGGGUUGGAAGACAUUGACCGAAUCCUGGAGAGGAUUGAGGAUGGCAGUGGACUCAGCCACCCUGGCCCACCUCCACCCAGCUGCAGGAAGCACGUCUUGCAUGUGGAGCACAGACACUUGAAUCCAGACACAGAAUUGAAGAGGUAUUUUGGUGCUCGAGCAGUCCUAGGGGAACAGAGGCCACGGCAGAGACAGCGUGUGUACCCCAAGUGUACGUGGCUGACAACACCUAAGAGUACCUGGCCCCGGUACAGCAAACCAGGUCUGUCAAUGCGACUGCUGGAAUCGAAAAAAGGUCUCUCCUUCUUCACUUUUGAGCACAGCGAGGAUUACCAGCAGGCACAGCACAAGUUCCUGGCAGCCGUGGAGUCUAUGGAGCCCAACAACAUUGUGGUUCUGCUUCAGACAAGUCCCUACCAUGUAGACUCACUCCUGCAGCUCAGCGACGCCUGCCGCUUUCAGGAUGACCAGGAGAUGGCACGAGACCUGACAGAGAGAGCACUGUACAGCACGGAGUGUGCCUUCCAUCCUUUGUUUAGCCUCACCAGUGGGACUUGCCGGCUGGAUUACCGCAGACCUGAGAACAGGAGCUUCUACCUGGCUCUCUACAAGCAGAUGAGCUUCCUGGAGAAACGAGGCUGUCCGCGCACCGCGCUGGAGUACUGCAAGCUCAUCCUCAGCCUGGAGCCAGAUGAGGACCCCCUCUGCAUGCUGCUGCUCAUUGACCAUCUGGCAUUGCGGGCCCGGGACUACGAGUACUUGAUCCAACUCUUCCAGGAGUGGGAGGCGCAUCGGAACCUGUCCCAGCUCCCAAAUUUUGCCUUCUCUGUGUCGUUGGCAUAUUUUCUGUUGAGUCAGCAAACAGACCUCCCCCAGCAGGAACUGAACUCCAUGAGGGAAAAGGCCUCGAGCCUCAUCCGACAGGCGCUCAUCAUGUUCCCUGGAGCUCUCAUGCCCUUGCUGGAGUACUGCAGCGUGCGGCCUGAUGCCACUGUCUCAGGGCACCGAUUCUUUGGCCCCGAUGCUGAGAUAAGCCAGCCGCCCGCCCUGAGCCAGCUGGUGAGCCUGUACCUGGGGAGGUCGCACUUUCUGUGGAAAGAAGCUGCCACCAUGAGCUGGCUGGAGGAGAACGUCCGUGAGGUUCUGCGGGCCGUGGACGCGGGGGAUCCUGCUGUGGAGGCCUGUGAGGGCAGGCGGAAGGUGCUGUACCAGCGCGCACCCCGGAACAUCCACCGCCACGUGAUCCUCUCAGAGAUCAAGGAGGCUGUGGCCGCACUGCCCCCGGAGGUGACCACGCAGUCGGUGAUGGGCUUUGACCCUCUGCCUCCCCUGGACACCAUCCACUCCUACGUCCGACCCGAGAGGCUAAGUCCCGUCAGCCACGGAAACACAGUCGCCCUCUUCUUCCGGUCAUUGUUGCCAAACUAUGCUAUGGAGGGGGAGAGGCCAGAGGAAGGAGUGGCUGGGGGUGUGAACCGCAACCAGGGCCUGAACCGGCUGAUGCUGGCAGUGCGAGACAUGAUGGCCAACUUCCACUUCAACGACGUGGAGGUGCCGCACGAGGAAAACCCUGAGGGCGAGGGUGACUGGGACUGAUGCUGCGCAAUUAUGUUCCUGAUUUCUGUUUGGGCUGGGGGGUGGCUCCCUGACUUAGAGAUGCUGAAUGUAUGGUCAACCCACCUCCCACCCCGUUUCCUGUUUCCCUAUAAACAUCAGUGGUUAUGCCCUCU